GAAACAGUCUGGCACCUAGGCUAAGAUGAACCCAAAAUGGCGGCGGGUCGUGAAUUAGAGGAUAUCGGGUCACGCGCCUUACCAAGAAACCUGGACUUGCGCCCAAACCACGACCGAUCCAUGUCGCUCAACUCCGACCACGGGGACUCUCUCGACUAUCUACAAAGUUUCAACGAGAGAAACGCACAUUUAAGCUUCCAGAGACCGCUCGAAGAUUCCGAUGAUGAGCCUUUGUUGGAUAUUGGCGAAGGGGGCCCUUCCUGUAACCAUACGGGCCCGUGUUCGUGUCCCCCCGCCGGGACAACGACAACAUCCCGGAGGCCACGAUUCAGAGAUAAGAAGGCCAGGAACCAGCUCCUCAUCUGCUGCGUCCUUUCCUUCCUCUUCAUGAUAGGAGAAUUUAUAGGAGGUUACCUGGCCCAUAGCCUGGCUAUAAUGACAGAUGCUGCCCACAUGUUCAGCGAUUUCGGCAGUUUUCUCAUCAGUCUGGGUGCCUUGUGGAUUGGGUCUCGCCAGCCUACAGAUAAAAUGACAUUUGGAUACUACAGAGCAGAGGUUCUGGGAGCCCUGGUGAGCGUGUUGAUAAUCUGGCUGCUGACAGGGAUACUGGUGUACGAGGCUGUACAGAGGAUCAUCCACAAGUCCAUACAGAUACAGGGGGACACCAUGCUCAUAACAGCGGGCUGUAGUGUAGCUUUUAACAUCUUAUUGACCAUCAUACUGCAUUUCCAAGGAAGAUCACAUGGGCACUCACAUGGAGGGACUUCGCGGGUAACUGACGGAGAAACCGAGGGAAGGAACAUCAACGUGAGAGCAGCCUUCAUCCAUGUGAUUGGUGAUUUGCUACAAAGUGUGGGAGUUCUGAUAGCAGCAUAUAUCAUCAGAUAUAAGCCGGAGUACCAGAUAGCAGACCCCAUCUGUACGUUCCUGUUCUCAGGCCUGGUGCUGGUCACCACCUUCACCAUACUUAGGGACACCAUCAGGGUCCUCCUGGAAGCAACUCCCAGAUCUAUAGACGUGAGUGCAGUAAAGCGAGACCUAGCCAUCCUACCUGGAGUCAGGGGAGUCCACAACUUACAUGUCUGGUCUCUCACCAUGGACAAGAAUGUGCUUAAUGUGCACUUGAUAUUGGCUCAAGACGCAGACCACGAGGCAGUGCUUCAUUCCGCUACAUGGAGGAUACGUAAGAACUACCCGAUCCAUCACUGUGCAAUACAGGUGGAGAAGGCAUGUCCCUCCAGUGUGCUGGAAACCAAAGGGGUAGUAGAGGCCUAGCCAGGGGUACACCAUCUUCUCAAAUGUUCCCGGUAAUUAUGUAACAGAUGACACUAUAAUUCUGGACUGACAGUCUGAUUCUGGAAAACGUUCUAAUUUCUAGGCCAAAAAGCAGUUACUCAAACAAGCAGCUGGAUAUGAUUUUAGAAACAGUCAGAUAUUUAAGACAGCCAUCCGGAUGGCUAAUUUCUGAAACGUCUGACCAUUUCCAAUUAUUUCCAGGCAUAUUUUACUACCUGGAUGUCGAACCUUCAUUGAUGUUUCUCAUUAUUUUCUUGUAGAUUGACCAACUAAGUCGCUAUCUACAAGACUUUAGUAUGGUGUAAAAAAAUGAUAUCAAUGUCUAGUUAAAGAUUACUAUUCGGGAAUAUGGACAGUUCUGCAGAAUUCUCAAAAAUUCUGAAAACCUCAAACAGAACUUGGGUAAUCUGUAUAAUAUAUUAGUAGAAUUGAAAGAUGCUUUUCAUUAGUUGUUGUUGAUGUUACAUCAUCAGUAUCAAGUAAAGUUCUUGUCUUCCCAAGAAGAAUUUCUGAGAAUUGUUCGGAAGACUGUACGCCUGGAGUUAUAGUGUCAUCUGUUUGUUCUCAUGUGUUCCAAACCA